ACGUGCUAUAAACGUUAUACUCCGUUUAAAUGUUCGUUGUUUAUCCAUAUUUAUAGUGAAUUAAUGGACAAUAAAGUAAAAAGUUGCUUUUAAAAAUGGAUUGCAAAGUUAAUUUAACACAGAGAAAUCCUCAAGAAAAUGCGAAUAUAUUGUCCAAAAUAUUUUUAUGGCGGUGUUUUCAGCUAUUUCAUAGAGGUCGCAAGCAAGGUCUGACCAUAGAGGACUUAUGGAAGGCACAGAAGAAAGACGUAUCUGCCGAUUUGGGAGAUCGCUUAGAGAAGGAAUGGCAAAAGGAAGUAGAAAAAGCAAAGAAAAAUGACGUCCAGCCAUCCCUAGCCAAAGCGAUAGUCAGCUGCUUCUGGGUUGAAUACAUGAUAUGCGGUAUAGGAAUCGGCCUGCUUUUCUUGAUCAUAUGGCCGAUGGUGACCUACUCUCUAGCAUCAUUCAUGGAAUACUUCUCAAAUGAGAAGACAGCAGAGUCGUACAAGUAUGCGCACAUAUACAAUAUUAUUUUGAACCUGUGCAUAGCUGCCACACCUCUGCUGCUGGUCCAGUCGGAGUUCUACCUAGGAUGUAUUGGCAUGAGAGUCAGGAUAGCUUGCUGCUCAUUGAUGUACAGAAAGAUUUUGAAAUUAAAUCGUCAAGGAUUGAACAAAACGGAAACCGGUCAAGUGAUUAAUUUGAUGUCAAAUGACGUGAGCCGUUUCGACUUGGCUGCCCUGUACCUGCACCACAUCUGGGUGAUGCCAAUCUUGGUGGUCCUCGUGUCCUAUCUAAUAUGGCAGCAAAUCGGUUUGGCCACCCUUGCUGGUCUCGCAGUCAUAUUCCUGCAGACUAUACUCGUACAAACUUAUCUAAGUAACUGGCAAGCAAAGCUCAGAGGGAAGAUAGCUAAACGUACAGACGAGAGAGUCAAGGUCAUGAGCGAACUAGUCAAUGGAGUGCAAGUUAUCAAAAUGUACGCGUGGGAAAAGCCUUUUGAAAAGCUUGUGGAAAAAUUAAGACAAUACGAAAUCAAGUUUAUAUCUCAAACGGCGAUGAUCAAAGGCUUUUGUACAAGUCUAAUCGUAUUCUCGGAGAGACUGGUUUUAUUUGCUGCUAUUGUAACGUUUACCGCUACAGGAGGACAAAUCUGUUCUGAAAUUACAUUCUCCCUGGCACAAUAUUAUUAUUUGCUGCAAAUGGCCAGCAAUAUCUUCUUCCCACUUGCUUUGACGUUCCUUGGCGAAUCAAAAAUAUCUUUGAGACGAUUAGAAGAAUUUCUCCUACUUGAAGAAAUAGAAUCAAAGGAUCACAUAAAGAACAAUAACGUUGAACCUGCGAGUAGAAAUGGAACACACGCUAACGGUGACGAAACUAAAAGAGGAUUUGUUGAAAUUCUGAACGUUACUGCAAGUUGGCAGAUCCAACCUAUCGUUCCGACGCUAAGGAACAUCACUUUUAAAGUGUAUCCAGGACAAUUUGUUGGGAUCGUAGGCUCUGUUGGAUCUGGUAAAACUUCUUUGCUGCAAGUUCUUCUGGGAGAACUACAACCAACUUCUGGAAAAGUGCAAUUUGGAAAUACAAGGAUUUCCUACGCCAGCCAAGAACCUUGGCUUUUUGCGGCAACUGUCAGACAAAAUAUUCUAUUUGGAUUGCCCUACGAUAAAGAGAGAUACAAUAAGGUAGUGGAGGCAUGUGCACUUCUCCGCGACUUCGAGCAGUUACCGGGGGGAGACGGCACGAUGGUGGGGGAGAGGGGAGCCAGCCUCAGCGGCGGACAGAGAGCUCGGGUCGGCCUCGCCCGCGCCUGCUAUAGACAAGCUGAUAUUUAUCUUCUGGAUGAUCCUCUAUCCGCCGUAGAUGCUCACGUGGGGAAGCAUCUCGUCUCAGAAUGUGUGCUGGGUCUGCUGUGUCAUUCGACUCGCAUUCUCGUCACACAUCAAUGGCAUCAUCUCAAGUCAGCCGACAAAGUAGUGCUCCUACAAAAUGGUGAAAUCGAAACACGAGGCACUUAUGAGGAAGUAAUAAAAACACCCUUCUUCAAGCAAACAGAUGGUAUUGAAGAUAGUGGAUCUAUAAUUGCUAGUACUGAUCUUACUAAGAAAUCUGAAGCAGAAAUUUCGGAGCAGCCUCACGAAAUUCUUAAUGUGAAGCCAGAAGAAGAUAAAGAUGAAGAUGAAGCACAAGAGACUGAUGAACUAAUGGGAAAAGGUCGUGUUUCUGGCUCUGUCUAUCUCAACUAUUUCCGUGCUGGAGGUAGUUGGAUGUUGCUAACGGUGACAGUCCUAUCAAUUCUGUCAGCACAAGUUAUCACAUCAGCAGGAGACCUUUGGCUUACACAUUGGAUGAAUGAUGUAGAGAUUUAUUCAAAAGAAAUGAACAGUAGUCAAACAUUAAACAACACAAAUCCUGUAUUGAUGAGCCCCGAAAACACCACAAUAAUUGGUUUAGAUUCUGAUCGCCCCAACACGAAUAUAGGACUAAAUCUGACUGUAAUUGGUCUUGACAUUGAUAUUACUUUUGCGAGCGGUGUUGAUCACACGUACUAUAUUUAUGUUUGGAGUGUAGCUUUAUUGGCAUGUGUCUUAAUGACCUCUGAAAGAUCUUUCAUAUUCAUGUGGGUGUGCAUGCGAAGUUCCAUGAAACUACACAACCGAAUGUUCAGUAACAUCCUCACUGCAACAAUGAGAUUUUUUGAUACGAACCCCUCUGGAAGAAUAUUGAAUAGAUUCUCAAAGGACAUGGGUGCUGUUGAUGAAAUUUUGCCGAAAAUGUACAUCGACUGCAUUCACAUUACUAUGCUAAUGUGUGGUAUUUUGACAUUGGUAGCCAUUGUUAAUCCCUUUAUGGUACUCACCACCUUUUUCUGCGGUGUGAUCAUGUACUUCUGGACGUCUGUGUAUUUGAAAAGUGCGCAAAUGAUCAGACGGUUGGAGGGCAUAACUCGAAGUCCAGUGUUCUCUCACGUGUCCGCUAGUAUGUCGGGGUUGGCAACAGUACGCGCGUGCCAGGCACAGACUAUGCUGUGCCAGCAGUUCGAUGCCAAACAAGAUGUCCACACUGCGGCUUGGUACAUGUCAUUACUAACAAACGCCUCAUUUGCAAUUUGGCUGAGUUUUAUGGCGGCAUUUUAUGUUGCGAUAGUGACAUACACGUUUUUAUUGCUGGAUGAUGGUACAACCAAAUCUGGAAAUGUUGGUUUAGCUGUGAGCCAAGCUAUCAUACUUGUUAAUAUGUUGCAGUAUGGUAUCAAACAAUUGACCCAAGUAGUAUCGCAAAUGAUCAGCGUUGAACGUGUCCUUGACUAUACAAAUCUUCCACAAGAAACCUCACCUGAUACUGCUCCUCCUAAAAAUUGGCCGCAGCAAUCGAAAAUUGUAUUCAAAGAUCUUUACUUAAGAUAUGAUAAAGAUAGUGAACCAGUACUCAAAAAUUUAAAUGUUGUUAUAGAAAGUGGAUGGAAGGUAGGAGUAGUGGGACGUACCGGUGCAGGAAAAUCAUCGCUGAUAUCGGCCUUAUUCCAUUUGGUUCCUAUUGAUGGACACAUUUACAUAGACGACAUUGACACUGGAUCAAUUUCAUUGAAAGAGCUGCGUUCAAAAAUCUCCAUUAUACCUCAAGAACCAGUGCUAUUUUCAGCAAGCCUGCGCUACAAUUUGGAUCCAUUUGAAAAAUAUUCAGAUGCAGACAUAUGGAAAGCUCUGGACCAGGUGGAAUUGAAAAAGAGCGUCCAUUCACUUUCGUCGAUGGUAGAAUCCGGCGGUUCCAACUUCAGCGCUGGUGAGCGUCAGCUGCUGUGUUUGGCGCGCGCCGCCCUCGCCUCCAACAGACUGCUCAUCCUCGACGAAGCCACUGCUAAUGUUGAUUCUAACACGGAUGCGAUGAUACAGAAGUCGAUUCGAAAGUAUUUCUCCAAAUGCACGGUGGUGACGGUGGCGCAUCGGCUGCAUACUGUUGCAGACUCUGAUCGUAUCAUAGUAAUGGAAGCUGGACAAAUAGUCGAAUUCGGACAUCCUCAUAAACUGUUACAACAGGAUAAGGGACAUUUUAUUGACCUGGUCCAAGAAUUGGGACCAGCAGCAGAACAGAGCGUUAGAGAUUUAGCACGAGUGGCUUAUUUGGAAAGUACUGCUAAAUAAAAUACUUUAUAAUUUAGUGUAAGGUGUAAAUAAUACGAAACGGAGACGAUGUAAAUAAUGUUUUAUCAUAUAAGAAGAUUAUUGUAAGGUAAAGAUUUUAAUACUCUUAAAUCUACCGAAUCUACAAACCUACCUUCACUUAUCGGUAAAAAAAAUAUUAAUUCCAAUGUGAUUUAUGGAAUAAGGACUGCUUUAUUACUGAUUGAGGUAUAUGAAUUUAUUAAAUCUGAAUAACCAAUA